GUGGGGAUUGAACCCCAGUCUACAGUGUAGAAGGCAGAGGUGUUAACCACUACACUAUCCCAACCCCGCUAUCGCCAGUCACCCCUGUCUUGUUUUAGAUAAAAAAAAAAAGUGCUGACUUGGCCAGUUUGAGAAGAUGCACCGGUCAUUUGAAUUCUCAGCAGAGAAUCUGUCCCUGCUUGUGUUGGGGACAGGUGGGACGUAAGUUUCCUGUUGUGAUGUCAGGCCUCAAUUGUGACCGUUUUCAAUGUUAUUGCAGUGUUGUUAAAAUAUAGCACUACUGCUGGGGUGCUCUGUUACUGCUAGUAUUUGUAUGCUGAAAUCAUUAUUCAUUUAUUGGCUAAGGCCAUUGUACAGCAGACUGGACUUAUUUGUGUUGUUUAUUUGGAUGGCAGUAAAUGAACACGUAUCAAACAUGUAACUGGUGGUAUCUCGCAUACCAGAUGCAUUUUUUCAACAUCAUCUUAUUCACUCUCUUUGAUUUUUGCAAACUUUUGCCCUUGACAAAAUCUCGCUGGCCAUUCACAGUUGCUUCUGCUGUUGGCAUGACGACAACCAAUUUGAAGGAGCAGCUGUUUUCCAGCAAAUAUAACUUUUUUACAAAUGCUGAAAGGAUCAGAAUCUCCAAAAGCAGCUCAAAAAGCACUCAAACCGGGUUAUAAACAUCAUGUUAAGUGUGGAAGAGCGCAGCAUUUCAGCUUCUCCAUGAAGUUUAGCUCUUCACGUUGCUUUCGCUUUUCUUAAAUGUGCAGUAGCUCGAUGUCACCGUUUGUCCGUUCUGCUGGGAGCAAAGAAUCAGAUCUUAUUCACGCUUAGACAUUCAACCUGUCUGUUUUGUGCUUUGCUUGGUGUGGAGCUGCAUCUAUAAAAUCAGCUCAAAUGGAGCUGAGCUCCCAGCUGUGAGAUGAAGCACUCGUGAAAUGUGGUUGAGAAACUUUCGGUUCUUCUUUUGCUUUUCCAAAGUGAAAAGCAUCCUGCACGAUGUCACAGUUUGCCUGUUUCCUGCAGAGCAAAGGACCUGUUUAAAUAAGGCUUGUCUAAGCAGUUGAACACUCCAGGUUGUGUGUUAUCAUGAAAUGACAUGCCUGUGGUUUGAUCGUCGUUGCUGUAGAUCAUCACAGCCGUGAUGUUAUUAGCGAUAAUGCACAACCUUGUGUGUUCUGCUGCUUUUUCUACAGCAGUUAAAUAAACAAAGUAAGAAGCAAACACAUUGGGCUGUGAAUGCGGCGUUUAAUAUAGUUUAAUGUUCGCAGUUCCGCCAAAUUAUAUUUCCCUAACCAGCAGCUCGUUAUGUCAGAGUAACGAGCUCCGCCACUCGCUGCACAGCUGGCAGUUCGUUCUCCAGCUCCACACAGACCAGCUGACCAUUUGAGAAUUUACUGUAGUCUCGUCGUCAGAGUCUGGCCAAAUUAACUGUCGGUCACAUGUGAUCGUAAAAAUAUAAAUUUUUCCAUUUCGCAGACUCGGAUGUUUGGCCCCCGAUCAUGGUUCAGACCAGUUGGAGUUUAUCAAAGGUUUGUUUUUUUUCUUGGCCCGACUCUGAGCGUAAUCUAGUGGUGUAAACUGGCCAGUGACUCGAUCUGAACUGACUCCUGCAACAGCCAAUGGAAGCAAAGAAGAAAAUACAGCAAGAAAACAAAAAAAAUGGCAAAGUCCCUCACAUGUGGAGCUUUUUAAUGAGCACAGUCGGGUUUAUGUACAUUUAAAAUUCUAGAAAAUACCACAAUGAUUACCAUCCAUAAAUCCAUAAUCCAUAAGCAUCACUUAAACAUCUGUAGAGAAUACUAGAGGUUCUCUAGGAAGUGAUUGAGAAGGCAGAGGUAGUGUGGUUGUAGCUUGACUAACUAGGUGGCGGUAGAUAGAACCAAAACCAAUGAAAAGGUGUUUCGCUGCUCUAAAUGUUACCUUGACAAACUAACAGGCUACAUCGUGCACUGAGGUUAAGAGCAAACCUCGAGACAUCACCUUCUACCACUGUAUCCCUCAGCUCUAGUGUUAGCCUUAGCUCAUCUGAAGGGGCACCCUCUGUAACUCAGUCUUCAUCCGAUGUAUAAAAACUACUUUUUCCACAACAACUAAAACUAAAUCAGUAACAAGUUUUCCGAUGUGCCUGUGCUUGCUGCCAAUUUCCUUUCAUGCUGCUAAUUUUGUAUUAGUUUGACAGUUUAAACUGCUUGUGUAUCAUAAGUAAGAAUCACUGUUGUAUGAAUAUCAGCCAAAGCCUUAGUCUUAAAAAAAUGAUGAGCAUCAGAGAGAUGUUUAGAUUGGACGAAUAUUCAGAGCCAGCAUUCGAUGAUCUGUUUACUGUGUUCCAGAAGUGCAGAAUGUUUAGGUGAUGUGGUCUACUGUGCUAAAGUCUCUGCAUUCACGAAUACAUGUUACAUAAUGCUACGAAUGUAUAUAAGGUUUAUGUAUGAGCAGUUAUAUACAUGGAAAAGACUGGCCAUUGACAUCAGUCCUCAGUUUCCAUAUUGGUGCAUCUCUAUUGAAAACUAUAGUUGGUUUUAUUCUGUAUAUCACCGCAUCCAAGUAAACAGACCUAAUAAUGGUCUCUUAGACUUACCGCUUGUGUCAAGAUUCAGACAUAUGAUGUCCCGCUGGUAGGGCAAAACCUGUAAAAGUUUUUAUUAUUAAAAAAUGCUAUUUUUCUGCUGUGUAGUUGAUUGAUGUUUUUUAAAUACUAACAAAGUCCACAGUAUGACCAGAAAAGCUCGCUGUGACACAUUUCAUUGUGAUUGCAUUAUCAUAUUGUCAUAUUGCUCACACCAGUACAGUUUCAGAUCGUUUCUGCUCAAGUUCUGGGAAGCCUCACUUUGUGGGUGACUCACUGCAUCACCCCACUGACAGCAGCUGUUCACUGUUGGAGGAUAUCACCUAACCAAACAGUGAAAGACGGCAUGAAGACAGCAUCAUAGUGAAGUCAUGGCUGAUAAAAGAAAACUACAAGGAGAAAUUGAUCGAUGUCUGAAAAAAGUAGCAGAAGGAGUGGAGCAGUUUGAAGACAUCUGGCAAAAGCUUCACAAUGCAGCCAACGCCAACCAAAAAGAGAAAUACGAGGCUGACCUCAAGAAAGAGAUUAAAAAAUUACAGCGCCUUCGAGACCAGAUUAAGACGUGGGUGGCCUCCAACGAGAUCAAAGACAAAAGGCAGCUAGUGGACAACCGCAAACUCAUAGAGACGCAAAUGGAGCGCUUUAAAAUCGUGGAGCGGGAGACGAAAACGAAAGCGUACUCCAAAGAGGGACUCGGCCUUGCUCAGAAAGUAGACCCUGCACAAAAAGAAAAAGAGGAGGUUGGACAGUGGCUCACGACAACGAUAGACACGUUAAACAUGCAGGUGGACCAGUUUGAGAGCGAAGUAGAAUCACUGUCAGCUCAGGCAAGGAAAAAGAAAGGAGAUAAAGAGAAGCAGGACCGGCUAGAGGAGCUGAAGAGGUUGAUAGAGCGGCAUCGCUACCAUAUCCGUAUGCUGGAGACCAUUCUGAGAAUGCUGGACAACGACUCGGUACAAGUGGAUGCAGUCCGCAAGAUCAAAGACGAUGUGGAGUACUAUCUAGAUUCCUCUCAGGACCCUGACUUUGAGGAAAACGAGUUCCUCUAUGAUGACCUGGAUCUGGAGGAUAUACCCCAAUCGUUGGUUGCCACGUCUCCGCCAGCUCACACGGAGGAUGAAACCUUCCAGCACUCCAGUUCCACACCGACCUCCACAACCUCAUCAUCUCCCAUCCCCCCAUGCCCAGCUACUUGCACUACGAAUUCGGAGGAUGACAAGAAGAGAGGACGUUCAACUGACAGUGAAUUCAGCCAGUCUCCUGUGAAGAAUGGCAACCCAUCAUCUCUCUCCUCCUCGUCCUCAUCGUCAUCCUCAUCAUCCUCUUCAUCCUCGGGAGCCUCCUCAACCUCAGUGGUGUCUAUGGCAGCCAUUGCUAGCAGUGGUGGAUCAGCAAUCGGGGGCAACAGCCUCUUGGGCAGCAUGGGUGGCCUCCUUCAGAACUCUUGCAGCUACAGUUCUGCCAUCCAGCAGCAAAGUCAGCAGAGCCAGCAGCAGCACCAGCCUAAAAACGCCAUCAACUCCCAGUCUAGUGCUGCCCCCACCAACUCUAACAGUGUCCUCCUACCCACCCCCAUUUCUGCUUCCUCCCCACCCAACACCAGCACACCAAGCUGCCAGGUGCAGCCUCCGCUGGGGCCUAAUUCAGUCUCCAAUCUGGGCCACAACCUGGGCUUGGGCUUGGGGAAGAGUGCCGUCACGGCAACAAGUGGUGCUAGUCAAAUCCCAAGCCUCGGCCUUUCAGGGAUGCCAGCAUCCAUGAACAGCAUGGCAGGGCUCUUGCGAGGCUCCACCCCAGCACCUUACGCUCAGGCCGCCGCCUCAGGGACGGUGGCCAGCGGCUUACCAGGGUCUGUUGGGGCGAAUGCCAGUAGCACAAACUCUAGUGGAAUGGCACCCUCUCUGGGAGCCAAUGGAAGUGUCCCUUCCAUGGGACUGUUAGGCCCAGCACCUGGUGUUACGGGGGUCAGCAGUGGGGUAUUAGGUCUUGGGUCCACGCAGACUGCUGUGCAGCCUUCGCCCCUGGUGGUACCCAGCCCUGUGGGAGGGGGCAUGACGCAGGGGAGCAGCGUGGGCAUUAUCGGGAGCAAUGGCGGAAACUCCGGGUCGGGAAGCACAGCAAGUAUGGGAACUGCUGGGCUCCCCCGACCACCUAGUGGGCAAAAACAGAAUGGCAGCACAACUUACAGUGCCGUAGUAGCAGAUAGCACAUCAGACUCCGCCCUCAACAGUGCCAGCCAAUCACAAAACAGCCAAGCCUCAUCUUUAAAUUCCACAGCCAGUCUGCCAGGGGGAAUGUGGUUAGAUCAUGCAACACACUGUAAGGACGGUGGGUCCAGUCUUCUGGGGGCAAUGACUCUCCCUCCCAGUUCACCCUCGCCCUCCUACAGUGAGAGUAAACCCAGUGGUGGCAGCCUGCUUAAUGGGCCUCACUCCUACACGCAGGCUGCUGAUGCCAUUAAGCCCCAGGAGUCACUGAGUUCUCUGAAAUCAAUGGCAGAGAGGGCAGCUCAGGGCUCAAGUUUAGAGGGAGAACUCUCUGCACUACAUCUCACUGGAGAUAUCUUUCCCAGCUCUACAGCCCCUUCUGCCCCCCCAGCUGCACCUCAGCCUUCUCUGUCGGAGGUGAACAUCCCUCCAUCAUUGGGGGUCUGUCCCCUGGGUCCUGUCCCCCUCUCCAAAGAACAGCUCUACCAGCAAGCCAUGCAGGAGUCAGCCUGGACGCAUAUGCCCCACCCGUCCGACUCAGAGAGGAUCAGGCAAUACUUGAUGAGGAACCCCUGUCCCACAUUACCUUUCCACCACCAGGUGCCGCCACCGCACUCAGACUCUGUGGAGUUCUACCAGAGGCUGUCCACAGAGACCCUCUUUUUCAUCUUCUAUUACCUAGAGGGCACAAAGGCCCAGUAUCUGGCAGCCAAAGCCUUGAAAAAACAGUCAUGGAGGUUCCAUACAAAGUACAUGAUGUGGUUCCAGAGGCACGAGGAGCCUAAGACCAUCACUGAUGAGUUUGAGCAGGGGACCUACAUUUACUUUGACUAUGAGAAAUGGGGCCAGAGGAAAAAGGAAGGAUUCACGUUUGAGUACAGGUACCUCGAGGACCGGGACCUCCAGUGACAGACGGACAAUACGAACUGCAGACUACUGUCGACAUU